GGCCUGGCAACUCCAGCAGCUGCUGCGGCUGCAGCUGCGGAGGACUCCAUCAUGCCCUCUGCAGCCCCUGACGGGGCCGUUGCGCAGGAAGGAUGUGAGGAGGGCGCUCCCGCUCCCCUCGAGAACCAGCAGCCGCAAGCGGAGCAGCAACAACGGCAAGAGCCAAAGCCAUAUCAGAAACCCAAACAACAGCAGCAACAACAACAGCAAGGCAAGCAGUCAAAAGCCAAAUCCGCAACACCUCGGAUGGUAAAGCUGGAGGAUCUGGAAGACGCCGACGGAACGCUGUUCGAGGGAGUGUACGACAACGAGGAGCAGUUGGUCAACAAACUCAUGGCGACGCUCCAAGGACUGUCGCACAAGCAGCAGCGGUUGUACGGCAUCUGGGACGGCACUGCGGACGGCGGCAAGCGCGCUUUCAUUGAGCAGUGGCGGCAGAGGCAUGCGGAGCGACGGGCUAUGGCGGCGGCGAUGGCGGACCCGGCACGUGACCCCAAGGACCGCAUGCCGCUUCGGACGUCGUACAUCCUAAAGUGGCGCAAGGUGCUGUUCAGCUGCCCGAACUGCUGGCUGCUGCCGGGGCUGUGCGUGUGCGGCCGCAUGCGCCGCUUCACCCCGCAGCGCACCAAGGUGGUGGUGCACGCACACCAUGCGGAGUGGGGCUCCGCCAGCAACAGCGGCUCUCUGCUGCCCACCUCGCUGGAGGGGGCGGAGAUCCUGCUGUACGGCCACCCGGAGCACGACCAGCGGCUGCGGGCGAUGCUGGACGACCCCACCCGCACCACCGCGCUGCUCUGGCCAGGCUCCGACUCGCUGCUGCCGGAGCAGCUGGCGCAGCUGGCCGCCGAGCGCACCGGCGGCCGGCUCACGGUGGUGGCGCUGGACGCAACCUGGAGCAACGCGCGGCGCAUGCAGGGCUGGUUCCCAAAGGGGACCCUGACGGUGAAGCUGCCGCCGGAGAGCACCCUCAAGGAGAACAAGCUGAGCCUGCUGCGGCCCGUUCGGAAGUACCGGGGAGAUCUGGAGAGCGGCAGGGUCAGCACGGUUGAGGCGGUAGCCUCGCUGCUGUACGACCUGGAGGGCGACGAGGCCAUGUACCGCGGUCUGCUGGAGAACCUCAAGAUCAAGGUGGACGCGUGCCGGCUUCAAAAGAAUCGUUCAAUGGUGUACGACACGCACACGCCAGAGGAGCCGUCGGCCAGGCGGCGAUGGAAGAAGAAGCAGGGGCUGGCGGAGGGGCAGGAGGAGGAGGGAGCGGCGGCGGUUGACGGCGGGGUGGAGGACGGAGUGGCAUCACAGACGUAUGAUGGGGCGAGCGAUGACGGGGAGGUCGCUGAGGGUUCGAGGUAACCGCCGCCUUGUACGGCUAGGUAACCUUGCCGGUUUGGGACAGCGCAUGAAUGUCGCUGACGGUCCAUGCAGUUAGGAAGCGGAUGUUACAGUGUGGUCCGUGCAGUUAAAAGCGUCACAUUUAAGUGUGGCCUGUACGGUACGUGCCUUUGAUGAGGCAGCGCAAUCUCUGGAGACAGUAUGUACCUAACGGGCAAAGUACACAUCAGUGUCUUGCAAGCUGAACAUCAUAUUGUAACUGCGGUGUGGGAAGAGAACCAUUUGA